GCAAAUAUUAGGGUGGAUCCACGAGCAGCAUAUAGAAGGGUGAGACAAAAGGGCACAGGCCCCUUGGGAAAUGACUCACCUGGGUUUUAUCUCCCGUCCCUCUCUCUGUGCUCAUGACCCUCUGUGUUCCCCUCACGAGAAUCAUUCAUUCCUCGUGCUGCUGGGCUCCCCUGGGUACGAUCCGCCUCAUUGUCACUGGGAUGCUUUUGUCAUAAGUGGCCCACUCACACGCACUCUCUCACAGCCUAUUCACUUCCUGGUUUUGGAAGAAGAUUCUAUCAAGCCCUGCCAACUUGCCGGUAACUCCAGAUGGCAAAACAACCUGCGCCAAACGGGAAGUGAAACGUUAUUCCCACCAUACCUACAGGACACAAUGAGACUGAACUUGCCCUUUGGAGAAUUCUCAUAUAAUAACUUCCUGACUUCCUGUCACCAGAACGUCAUGUCGCACACAACUAUGGCUUCCCUCGUCCCGCUGAGCCUUUGUGUUAUGGUCAUUCUAGCCACAGGACAUGGCCACCCUGUAGCCAAGAGCAGUAGGAAUGUGCUGACCAGCCUUGGGUUCAUCUGGAGAGGAGGUGCUCAUCUGGUUCUCCUCCAGGACGUGCGCUGGGUUUGCUCCUUCAGGAAGGAGACUGAGGUCAUAAACCCAGUGGCUUUCCAGUCCACCUGCUUCUCACGUGUGCCAAUUCCAUCUUUCCUACUCCUCAUUCUGUCCCGCUGCCCCCCACUCUGUGUUGCAGCAGACCGCCCUGGAGAUCCAGAAACCAGAGAUGCCAGGGAGCGGGUGGCGCCACUCAGAGCACCACAGCCAGCUUCACACGUAGAUCUCUGGGGGAGUUCACCGGAUGAGCAGUCUGGGAACCGACUCCAGUAUCUGAAAAGUCUCCGCAAGGACACAGCUUCCCACCAGCAGAAGUGGAGAGACCUCAGUCCUGCCACAUCCAUGAGGGAGACCCAAGGAAAAGCAGGAAGUGAUGGGAACAGCAGGAAACGCCACAGCAGAGCCAUGACCCCCCAGCCCGCCCAUCCACCACCCGUCUCAGCAGCCAGCCAAGGGCUCUUGUAG